AUGGCUAGUGAGCGCUUCCAAUGGACCAACACCAGUAUUAAACCUUUGAAUGUCAUGAGGGCUGUUCACGAGCCCUACUCCUGGUCGGAGGAGCAAGUGCUCAUCAACCGCCGAGACAUCAUGAGCACCAAGGAUGCCUGGGACAUCCAGGAGUUCAUCACUCGCAUGUAUGUCAAGCAGCUGCUUCGACACCCGGCCUUCCAGCUGCUUCUGGCCUUGCUGCUGGUGGUCAACGCCAUCACCAUUGCUCUGCGCACCAACUCUUUCCUUGGCCAGAAACACUAUGAGUUGUUCUCUACCAUAGAUGACAUUGUGCUGACCAUCCUUAUCUGUGAGGUUCUCCUCGGCUGGUUAAAUGGCUUCUGGAUUUUCUGGAAGGACGGCUGGAACAUCCUCAACUUCCUUAUCAUCUUUAUCUUGCUCCUGGGGUUCUUCAUUAAUGAACUCAAUGUCAACGCUCUCACCUAUACCCUCAGGGCGCUUCGUCUGGUGCAUGUCUGCAUGGCGGUGGAGCCUCUGGCCCGGAUCAUCCGUGUCAUCCUGCAGUCGGUGCCCGACAUGGCCAAUAUCAUGACCCUCAUCCUUUUCUUCAUGCUGGUGUUUUCCGUGUUUGGGGUCACUCUCUUUGGUGCAUUUGUGCCCAUGCAUUUCCAGAACAUGCAGGUUGCCCUGUAUACUCUCUUCAUCUGCAUCACCCAAGAUGGCUGGGUGGACAUCUAUAAUGACUUUCAGAUGGAGACAAGAGAGUACGCAAUGGAGAUUGGGGGCGCCAUCUACUUUGCCAUCUUCAUCACCAUUGGUGCCUUCAUUGGCAUCAACCUGUUGGUCGUUGUGGUGACCACCAAUCUGGAGCAGAUGAUGAAGGCAGGAGAGCAGGGGCAACUGCAUCAGAUAAACUUCAGUGAGAGAGGCAAGCAGGACGUGGAUAGAGGUAACGAGCUGCCCCUGGUGCACUGUGUGGUCGCCCGGUUGGAGAUGUCCGGCGCCCCGCAGGAGCCACUGUCGGGAGGCCACCUGUCUAACCUCUCAGAAAACACCUGUGACAACUUUUGUUUGGUGCUGGAGGCAAUACAGGAGAACUUGAUGCAGUACAAGGAGAUCCGAGAUGAGCUCAACACGAUAGUGGAGGAGGUCCGCUCCAUCCGCUUCAACCAGGAGCAGGAGGAGGAGCUGAUCCACAAGCACUUGUCACUGAGCCUGUCAGUGGUGAGCGGGUCCUCCCUGGACAUCCGCGACAUGACUUGCCAGCAAGACUUGAUCACAGCGCUCAUCAACAGGGAAAAGGUUCAGGAAUCCAACACAAACAUACUCCUUAAACACAAGACCAGCCGCUGA